AUGCCUCGGCGCCCGCCUGCCCUCUUCGUCGCCGCGGCGGCCCCGUGCUCUUCGCUGUGUCUGGCGCGGACGGGUGCCUGCGUCGUGGAGGGGUCCUGGGCACCGCUGUGGACCUCGGACACUGCCGCAGCCAAGCGUCUCCUUUGCUCGCUACAAAAACAAACAAGCCCCGACCAGCCCUCCGUGCCGUCAGUCUUUGCUAAGGUACUCCGGCAGGAAGUGGACCCUACGACAGGAGUGUUCUCACUAUGGACUCAACGAUCAACCACCUGCACGUACAACCAAGAUCCCACUGGUGCGCUGCUCACCUCGCUAUGGGCCGCCUACACUCUUAGUAAAGCUAUUGCGCCCUUAGCGACCAACAGAGCCUCGCACAUAAUGAGCUUUUUAGAUGUUGUUCUAGGAUGUAUGCAGCAGUCUUCGACCGGAAGUUUCAAGCUAGUAUUGUCGGCCACUAUGCUUGGUAAAGUACUGUCUGCAUCAGAUGUUCAGGGCUCUGGUUCAGUAACUUGCUGGGUAGCCUGUGCGGAAAAGGCUAUAGCACAAAUUGCCGAAGCCCUUCAGGUAUUCAUGUGUCGAUGUUACUCUCUUGACAACUGGAUAGUUACGUGCGCUCUUUUCUUGAAGCCUUGUGAGCAGCCAAUGCCCAGCCAUAGCUCUAAGAUAACAACCGUCUCCAGCAUAAACUUCUUCCUUUCAUCGUUGCUCACUGUCGUCCAAGAGCUGAUAGCGAUUCGGCUUGUACCCGCUAAGCUACAGACUCUUGUGGCUGCGGUUUGCAAUAGUAUAACAGUUCCUGUCAAUGACUUAUUCGAGAUGCUUCACAAAGAAUACCAACAAGUAGUGUAUGGCAUUGGUGUUCCAAUCGUUAAAGUGUCUUUCUUGGAGCAACAAAGGCGCUUAUUCAACUCUUCGCCAGGUCUCCUUACGAUAGAGCCGCUGAAUUUAUGGAACCUAGUGUACUAUGACAACGGCGAUACCAUACUUAUUCAUGGACUUAGAUAUAGAUCGAUUGGAGUAGAGACGCUAGACAGCUAUUUACAUCUGGCAGGAGCUCAGAAUAAUAGUGGUGAGACGGCUCUUAUGGUUGCUAUUAAAACAAGGCAAUAUGACCUUCUAUCAACUCUCAUUCCACUUGAGGGAGGCCUCACAGACUGCUAUGGAAAUACAGCUAUCACUUUGAUUUUAUCCUCUGGAGAUGACAAUCUACUUCCAUAUGUAGCAGCGAUACUACGUUAUGAAAGCGAAGCUCUAAGAAGACUCAACUUUACAGACCUAAUGCUUGAGGUCUUCUCUGAGCCUUGUACGAAGCUAACAAGACUUGAUCAGACUCGCCAACAAACGGUCCAUGGAGACACCGCAUUGAUGCUCGCUGUCCUCGUGGACCACCUAUCCGCAGUACAAGCACUAGCUCCACUCGAAGCCGGAAUGCGGAACAAAAAGCUCAAACAAGCAGGUACAAUUGCUCUCGAACUGGACAGGAGAGAGUGUAUUGAAUUGCUUAUUCCAUACGAGGAUAUUAGGGACGCUCAAUCAAAUACUGCUCUACAUAGGGCUGUGAUGGAAGCGCAAGGCGAUGAUAUUGCUUCUGAGCUAAGCAAGUACCACCAGAUGGCAGGGAAAUAUAAUGCUUCCGGAUAUACAGCAUUAAUGGAAGCUGCUCGACGCGGAAAUACUAAGGCGGUCGUGGCCUUAGUGAAGAUUGAGGGUGGAAUGACAACCCCUAAAACAAUUCCCAUUACUCUUCUAUCUCCUGGGAUCAGUACUAAGACCUAUCAAACCAUCACUAGGGUUACGGCUUUUAUGAUCUGUCUUAUACAGUUAUCGUCUUGCAAUCCAGAAUAUGAAACAAUUUUAUAUAUUUUAUCCAAAAGAGAGGGAGAUAUUGCGUGCUCUGAUGGGAUCACACCUCUCAUGCUACUGGGGAUCCUGAACAAACCUAUCUUUUACCCAUUUUGUCAAGCAACUUUAGGAAGGGUCGAUAACAAAGGAAAAACUUCUCUCAUAUAUGCAGUGGAGCAUGCCGCCUGGGAUCUUGUUCUGCUUUUGCUUGAACACGAGGGAGGUCUUCAGGACUCCAGUGGCUGGACUGCUUUGCUUUAUGCUGUUCGGGACAAUACCAUAAUAGAUAGUAGAGCGAUAGCAGAGCUUGCUCGGCGGGAGGGGAAUCUAAUCAACCGGUGGGGUUGGUCUGCACUAACGUAUGCUGUCCAUAACAACAAUGUUGAUCUCAUUCGCUUACUGCUUCCAUUUAGUACGCAAGAGCAGAUCGUCCAAGCACAGAGACACAUCCACAGUAUAAAAAGAUCCGAUUCAUCGAAAGAACAUCUAUCAAGUUUAUUCGCCGUACUCGACGUCAUGUAG